AUGCAAAAUAUCGUGGACGUCUCUCGUCGUCUCGGGGAUCUGAAAGGCGCCGGAGCCUUGUUCGGCAAGGUUCUCGAUGCCAGACAAAAGCAACUAGGCCCUGACCAUAUGGACAUCUGUCGAACGGCCGAAGGUCUUGCAAACGUAUACCGGGAUCAACGCCGGUUCAACAUGGCGGAACCCCUGUACGCCCGAGCCCUGAGCAUACGGGAAGACAAGCUGGGCUUCAGCCAUGCAGACACUCUGGCAACCGUCCACAACGUGGCGAUCAGCUACCGCUUGCAAGGCAAGCUGGAUGAGGCGAAGAAACUCUAUUUACGUGCUCUUUGA